AUUUGCUAAAUUCGUUACUACUUUCUGUAAUCGAUAGAAACUUGUUUUAGGGUUUGAAUCAGAUUUAACAAACAGAUGCUGCGUCGCUGUCUCCGAUUUCACUUAAGCUUCCCGUUUCUGCCUUAAAUACUGUUACUUUUUUUUUUGCCACUGAUUUCAGAGGUGCAUAAAUGGGCGUACCUAAGCAGAAGUGGACAUCAGAAGAGGAAGCUGCUCUUAAAGCUGGAAUAGCCAAGUAUGGACCAGGGAAAUGGAGCACAAUUCUCAAAGAUCCAGAAUUUUCUUCUGUCUUGCAUUUGCGUUCCAAUGUGGACCUUAAGGAUAAAUGGAGAAAUAUGAACUGCAUGGGUAGUAGCUAUGGAUCUCGCCAAAGGGGUAGUAGAUCUUCAAAGUCUCAGCCAAUUCAUAAGUCUGAAGAUAUUUCUACUUCUUCUAAAGAAGAACAUGAUAUGCAAAUUUGUAUUGUAGAUCCUCUUCCAACAUUAACUCUACCAUUGCAAAUUGAUGAUUCCAAGAAGCCAAUUCCAAUUCCAAUGCCAAGAUUGGAUAGCCUUAUAUUGGAUACAAUAGCUAAUCUGAAGGAGUCUUGUGGCUCUAGUCGUGCUGCAAUUGCUGAGUAUAUUGAGGAGAAUCAGCCAACACCUCCCAACUUUGGAAGACAGUUGAAAGAAGAGUUAAAUGCUUUAAUCGAUUGUGGGAAAUUAAUCAAGGUAAAGCAUAGGUACAGAAUUGCACCAAGUUCAUAUGUAAAAAAGAGCUCAAAAAAUGAGGAGAAUUGCAGAGUGGGAGAGACAAGUGGCAACAAGAUAAUUACAAAAGCAGAAAUAGAUGCAGAGUUGGAGAAGAUGAAGAUGAUGACACCUCAGGAGGCUGCUGCUGUUGCUGUGAAGGCAGUUGCAGAAGCAGAAGCUGCUAUUUUGGAAGCUGAAAGGGCAGAAAGGGAAGCAGAAGUUGCAGAAGCUGAUGCAGAGUUAGCUAAAGGAUUUGCUGCUGCUGCAAUGCGUGCGUUAAAGAAAACUGCAUUUUGGACAUGGUAGUAAAAAUGUUGAGUUUAUGAGUUUAUUAUAAAAGUUGACUUAGCAAAAAUAUUUGUUCAUCUGCAGAAUAUAAUGAGAUUGAAACAGGAUUUGGGAGA